UCUUCGUGUGGAAACACACAUAUCUAGAACUAUUCUUUAAGGAUGUCUGCAUUUCACACAACUGUCUAAUAGGAUAAAAUAAUUGACAUUGUAUACCCAAAGGGGGAUGACUGAAGCUAUCACCUUGCUAAUCCUUGCUGUCCAAACUGGCCUCAUUGAGCUGCAGGAGUUUGUGGAAGCACUUCCGUGCAGUUUCUCUCUGUCUCUUCCUGCUGAUCUUUCCAGCGUACAUGGCUUAUAUGAUCUGCCAGUUCUUCCACAUGGACUUCUGGCUUCUCAUCAUCAUCUCCUCCUCAAUCCUCACCUCUCUCCAGGUUGCGGUGUGCGUGGUGUGCUAUGGUGUAUCAGAGACUGUAUUUGGCGAGUGGAGUGUGAUGGGAAGCACCAUCAUCUUGGUCCACUCGUACUAUAACAUCUGGCUCAGAGCCCAGCUGGGCUGGCAGAGCUUCCUGCUCAGGAGAGAUGCUGUAAACAAGAUAAAAAGCCUCCCUACAGCUAGCAAUACACAGCUGGAGCAGUAUAAUGACAUCUGUGCUAUCUGCUUCCAGGACAUGACCAGGGCUGUGUUCACUCCGUGCAGUCAUUUCUUCCACGCUGGCUGUCUGAUGCCCUCUCUGUCGUUCACAACCAAGAGCCAAUCACCAACUAACGGUGGAGCUACCCGAGGUACACCUGCAGCCAAUCAGAACCCUGCAGGACAGGAAGAAGGCACUCUACUGGAUGACAGGAAAGAGGGAGCGUCAGUAGAGCAGGAGGGAGAUAAUGAAACUGCCACAUCAGCUGGGGAAACCUCCUCUUCCACCUCCCCCACUGGCAUGUCUGCUCCCCUGCCCAUCGUCAAACCUCCAUUAUCAUCUUCCUCUUGUUCUUCUUCUCCUCUUGCAACUGAUUCUGUGCUGCACCAGUCCCCUGCAGAUCACCCUUCUGCAUCUUCUUUCUCUACCUCUUACACAUCAGACACACCCGACGCUCCUGCAUCUCUCUGCCAUUCUGUCUCCACCUUUCACCAACCAACUUCACAGGUACUGACCUAAGCAAAGGCGAACCCUGCUAAAUCCGAAUCCCCCCCUCAGCUAAAAUCAGUCUCCCUUGUGGACAGCCGGGCAAACUCUACUGGUCCAUCAUCACAAUCUAACCCACCAACUCCCCAUUCAGUGGAACCUCCUCCACGUCCUCCACCUCCUCCUCCAUUCAACCCCUGAGCUCCAUUUUAACACACACACAACAUACAUACAUGCAUAUAUAAUUACACAAUCUAAAUAAUCCCCUAUUCUACUUGUCCAGCUGUUUGCUGUUGGCUCUCCCAUCAUGUCCAACUUCAUAUCCAUGUUAUGUUUCAAAUGAUCUAAAACAAUCUCUAAGCAGAAAUUCAUCACUCGGCAUUAAAAAAUGUAAAAAAAAGAGGACAAUGAUCGCAGCUUUACAAAAUGUUAGUACUCGUUAGGCAGUUGUCUUGGAGCAGUGAAACGUAUCCCAUGAUAGGUGUAACCCAUGCCAGCAGUGAUUUCAUCACAGGUGCAGUUGUUUUCCACAUGUUCUUUCACAGGGAUUCAAAUUUAAUACAAAAACAGGAUGCACUAAUCUCAUCUCAGAAUGAAUUGGGAAUUUUACACCAUGUCCAGAAAAUGUGAAAAUCGGAUUUCCAUCACGGCUUUUUCUUUCUUUUUUUC